CUGUAUCCGAAGCUAGACCAGUCGCAGCCAUUUUACUCCGCGAAAUAAACUUCAAUCUCAAAGCCAGGUGACUAAAAAACUAUUUCACAUUAUUUGGUUAAGAUUAAUGGAUAUUUCUUACUGAAGAAAGGCUUGGAUGGAUUCUGGUUUCGAGUCGUCGCAAUUCGGUUCGACUCAAUGGCUUAAUGUGACUCUUGUCAGCAUCUAGCCCAGACAUCCCAUUUAUCCGUCCCUUUCCAUCUUCUGCUACUAAAGGUAGCAGGGAGACAUCGCAUAAAGGGACAGUGACCCGUACCCCUCCCUGAGGACAGGAUGGAGCUCAUGGCUUCCCUGUUGCAGAUGGGGGCAGAUGGGGAUUGUGGGAUGUCAAAUCUGCUGGUGCCCAGCCCCCAGAGUGAGGCAGUGACCCAUGAGAUGGAGGAGCUGUCCCUGCAGCCCACACAGAGUCUGCCGCCGCUCAGCGAACGUAAAAAUGUGCUGCAGUUGAGGCUCCAACAAAGGCGAACCCGGGAGCAGCUGGUGGAUCAGGGCAUCAUGCCACCUCUGAAGAGUCCGGCAGCUUUCCAUGGACAGAUUCGCAGCUUGGAAAGAGCGAGGACUGAAAAUUUCCUCAAGCACAAGAUCCGCAGCCGCCCAGAGCGAGCAGAGCUGGUCAGGAUGCACAUCCUGCAAGAGACUGGAGCAGAGCCCUCACUACAGGCCACUCAGAUGAAACUGAAGAGGGCCCGGCUGGCUGACAACCUGAAUGAGAAGAUCGCCCAGAGACCAGGCCCGAUGGAGCUGGUGGAGAAAAACAUCUUGCCGGUAGAUUCCAGCCUCAAACAGGCCAUCAUAGGCCAGGUGAAUUAUGCCAAGGUUUUAGAUGAGGACAGCUGUGAGGCCUUGUCUCCAGAGCAACCAGCCAGCCAGGAGUCUCAGAGCUCUGCUCCCUCACCAGGGGAGAACAAAAUGCCAGAAACGCCCUCUCCAGGCCCGGCACCAGCACCACAAUUCAUCCCGACACUGCAGGCCUUUCCAACAACAGACUUCACAAAAGCGAUUUCCAGUGCUGAGCAGCCUCCCAGUCGUCCAGCUGUCCCUCCCGCCCUUCUGGCCACUACAGCUGCUCCCCCAAAACCAGGUCCAACUCUGGUGAAACAAAGCCAGCAGAAAGGUCCCUCAGAGAAGAGUCGCAGCAAGAAGGGCAAGGAGCCCAAGCCAAGGGUAAAAAAACUCAAGUACCACCAGUAUGUUCCCCCAGACCAGAAGCAGGAAGCCAGCGAGGCACCCAUGGACUCGUCGUACGCUCGACUGCUGCAGCAGCAGCAGCUGUUCCUGCAGCUGCAGAUCCUCAGCCAGCAACAGCAGCACUACAACUACCAGACCAUACUCCCAGCGCCACUCAAACCCGUGACCGAAGGUCAGAGCAACAGUGCCGGUACCCUGCCAACCUCCAUUGUGGUGUCUCUUCCCACCGCACCUCCACCUCCCCCCCUGCCUUCAGCUAUAGCUCGGCCAAACAACCCACCGUCCAACCGUAAGCCUGGGGUACUGCCAGCCAACCUGGAGGAGAUGAAGGUGCCCGAGCUAAAACUGGAGCUAAAACUUCGUGGUCUUCCAGUGUCAGGAACAAAAACAGAUCUUAUAGAAAGACUGAAGCCUUUCCAAGACAAUCUCAACACCACAACUCCAUCCACCAUUCCUGCUCCUGACACAACCACCCUCUCAUCCAUCCCCAUGGACAUCACCACAACUACCACGCCUGCCAUAGUCCUUCCAGUCCAGCAGGUGGCUCCAGAGAACAUGAGCUUCACACCACCAGUCUCACCCGCUGAUCCCUCGAACCUAGAACAAGAUGUGGGCAUGUCUGAAGCUCCAUCUGAAAUUCAAAUUGGGAGCUUUGGAUCUGCAGGGAUACAUUCCUCACCUGUCCCGUCUUUUCAAGUCCCAGAAGAAAAAGACCGAAGGCUUCAUGAGAAGGAGCGGCAGAUAGAAGAGUUGAUGAGGAAGCUGGAGCAGGAGCAGAGGUUGGUGGAGGAACUGAAGAUGCAGCUAGAGGUGGAGAAGAGAGUUCAGGGGGGCUGCACGGCCGACUCCACCUCUGUGUCUCCCACACUCUCAUCUGUACCUGCCAUCAACACUGUUCCUACUGUCCUCAACUCGAAUGUAGUAAAGAUGGAGGGCACCAUCCUGUCAAACUGUUCUUCCACCACUGCCGCCAUCCCAAACUCAAUCUUAGGCUCCCAGGGCCUCACAGCACCUCUCCCAACCAUGGUGAAACUGGAGGAUGUCACCGUUUCUUCUGCAAAGUCUCUUCAGCUCCAGACCCAAACAGGGCUUAUCACCCAGAUCCAGCCUCAAGUGACCACUAGCCCACAACUCCAGCCCCAGUCCCAGAAAAGUCCCCAACUCCAGUCCCAGCCCCAGCCUGCAGCUCACAGCUUGCAGCAGUUCUUCAUCAGACACCCUGGUGGGGUCUCUCAAGUGCUGGGUCAGCCUCAGACCUUGUUAACCACCUCCAGACAGCCUCAGACUCUGCUGACAGCGACCAGCCAAGCUGGAACGCAAAUCCUCGUUCCAGUCUCGCUGCCCAACAACGCUACUGCGAUCCAGCUGCCAAGCACCACCGUCAGCCUGCAGAGUGUUCUCCAGGCCACAGUUUCAAAUCCAGGCCUGGUCCAGGCUGCGGUUCCUCAGCUACACACCACCAAGGUGGAGAUGACACCCAACCAGCAGCCGCUGCUACAAACUCUGACUAUGUGCAAUAACAAUACUGGUUUGAAGAAUCAGACCAGACCCAAGUUAAAUCCCCAAUGUUUCCUAAAAAACUCCCAAGAAAACAGAGUGUCUCCACGGGUAUCGCCCAACCACCAGAUCUCUAACGGGCCCCUCAAUAAGUCUUCCUCCCCACAGCCUGCCUUUAUCCUCCAGCCCACCUCGCUGGUUGCUCAGCCUCCCAAAACAAAGGAGCCUCCUCGCUACGAAGAGGCCGUUAAACAGAGCCGCAACCUGCACAUCAACAAUGCUUCACAGGUUCCCACGGCAACGAGUCAACAUAUGGAUGACUUGUUUGACAUCCUCAUAGAGAGUGGAGAAAUCACUCCGUUUAUCCAGCAGGACCCUCCAGCUUCUCUAAGCAAGACCCUUCCAGUCACAGUAAACAUCACCACCCUCCCUAUUAACACCGCCUUGUCCAGACCACCUCCACAGAUCCAGGUGGGCCCUCCUCCGACACUGAGCUCUGCUGUCAACCCCAGCCUGCUCAGUCUCACCUCCCUGGCCACAGACAAUCAGCUGGAAGCCUUCCUGGAGGGGACGCUGGCCGAUACGCCAUCUGCGUCAGACCCCCGCACACAGGGUCUGAUGGAGGAGCUCCAGGCCCAGCUCAUGGACCAGCAGCCCUACUCACCCAUGGACACCUCAGACCUGUCUUUCUGUGACUCCUCCUCGCCCCCUUCCUCGCUCAACAUGGGCCUGUCUGACCCGACCCUGGACAACAUGGAGUGGCUGGACCUCACCAUGCCCCCGGGUUCCGCCGGGGCACUCACCCCACUGGGGAUCCCGACGGACUUCCUGGAUACGCAUGACCUGCAGCUGCAUUGGGACUGAACUGCAUUGGGAAGGAUGGAGGAGAGAAGCUGAGGCUGGAGAGAGUGAUGAAAGGCUGGAAGGAAGGGUAAAAAGAGAAAACCUGGCAUUUUGGUGCCCUAUCAUUCCCAGCAUCUGUAAUAUUCACACUUUUCUAUCAGAGCAGAUGCUGUACAGAUACUCAUUCUAGUGGAUCUGCAAACAGUGGUGUUUGCACAGUUUUAAAAGAGAUGAUGGCUGACCUGCCAGGGAAACGUCCGCUCUGAGGUGAUGAAGGAAUUUUAAACAGAGCGGACUUUCUCUGUCUGAUUUUAUCGACCAUUUUUAGAGCCAAGGAGUCAGAGCCAAAUGAAAACUGGGGGAACAGACUGUUUGUAAAUACAGUUUAAAUCACACUAAUAGAGUUUUAACUUUUUUUUCUCACUGAGAGCUUCAGUAGUUUUGAUGGCUGAGAUCGCCUGAUUACAUUUGCUGAAGGUUUUACUGGCUGGCUUUCAGUGGAAACUGUCAGUUAUACGUUCAGAGUGAAGUAUCUAAACAUAUUAAAGGGUAUCUGGGUCCUUCUAGAGGUGGUCUGAUGAGGGUCUUUGUUCCACUAAAGCAUACUGUGACAUACUAGGUUACAAAAGCUGGUGGUUAAAACAUAACAGUUUCUUGAACUGAGCUGUAUUUAAGGAUUUCAGCAUUUUAGGACAAAACGAAAAGCGUUGGACAGUCACACCCGUGCUUGGUUUGUCUUAGAGGUUUAAACAGGUUAAAAAGGGUCAAAACCUGUGUACACACUGGUCCAGUCCACCACACACUGUGGGUGACUCGUUUUCCGACUAAUCUGAUUUGGUUGUAUCAGAUGUGAUUGUUUUUGUUUCUUUUUUGUAAUUGACCAGUGAUUAAAAAACGCAAAAAUCCGACUAAAGGAGGGAGCUCCCUCCACCAAUGUGAGAGCUAUGCACUAAAAAGAGGCAGGAUGACGUGUCUCGCUCACCUCAGAACAAGGAAAUGUGAACACUGCAUAUCCAAGGUGACGAUACGAGUAAUCACUACGACUGUGAUCGGCCUAAAGAUCACGUUUCUGGAGAUUUUGCAGUUGUCCAAGUCGAUUAUGUUGAAUGUACUUUUAAAUAAAAAAAAUCUAAAGAUAUCAGACUUUACUUAAAAAGUUGGCAGCUUUUUUUUCUCCUGAUUAGUAAACUGACAUAAAAGAGCAGAAAGGGAACAAAUAUCAGUUUCUAAGACGUGCAGACACAUCUACAAUAAGUGCUGCAAGUUAAAUCAAGGAAUAAAGAUGUCUUCGAUGAGCUUUAGAACCUUAACUGUCAUACAGUGUCCCUACACUUUGCCUGUGUGUGUGUGUGUGUGUGUGUGUGUAUAUGUCAGGAUGAGAGUUUACUGCUUCACUAUCCUGCAAACGUGCUAGUUUAAACCCCCGCCUGCAGCUGAUGAGUUAGAUUUACUAGCCCAAUAUUCUAACGUCAGCGGCGCUUCCUGACUGGAUGCAUGAGAUGCAAGCAUGUUACCGUGGACGCAAGCGUGGAUUCCUGUCUCUUUAGCAUGUACGUGUCCUGUGUGCAUGAUUGUGUUGGCGUCUAAUCGUUUCAAGCUCUUUUUUUAGCCCUUAAGUCUUCUAACUAAUAAAAAAAAAACGAAUGCUAUCACCUUUCAAGUCAAAAUCUUUGCUUUGCACUCGAUUUAUUCCAAAUUUUUCCAUGUGGGAAGGCUUCUGCUUUUUAUCUUUGCUGUUCAGUCAGAAACGCACAGACAACUUUGAGGUGUGAGGCAACACCGGAGAAUCAUUUUAUCUAAUAUUAUCCCACUUGUUGGUUUUCUUUCUCACCUACAUAUUUAGUUACUGAUUCAGUGUGUCAGUUUAUUCCUGUAGGACUGAUACAGUUAAACUGUGUGGCACUUUUAAAUAAGACUGCUCUCCUAAAUGUUUUUGUUUUUUUAAUUAUUUUUUUUAUGUGAAACAUGUACCUUUUAACCACUUUGUCCUGUAAUUAUGUCCACAGGCACUAGAUGGCGCCACCUCUCUUCUACUGUGGCCUCACUGUAGCAGGUGAUACUUCCGGGUCAUUUCUAGCAACAUUUUAAGAGCAAAUUUUUUUUCUUUUCUGCCAGUUCUAAUGCUGCUUUUGCUGUCAGUAAUUACACAUUCAUUUUUAUCUCAAAUUGGAGAUUAACCGCCCAAAAGAGCAAUUCAAAUACAGCACACACCUUCUCCUCCAGUGUCCCCCACAAGCCCACCCACCCUGUUGAAGCCACGUUUAUAACUGUGUUAGAUUCCCUCAUCUUAGAAGUUUUUUUUUUUUUUUUUUACAGUCAGCUUUAAGGCUGGCAUGUUUGAUAUUCAGUUGCCAAAAAAAGGCAUUUAAGUGUAUUGUUGUGUGUUAAGUAUCUCUUGUAUUUAUCCCUUCUUUUUUUUAUAUAUAUA